GAAGGGACCAGUGUGUUGGCGGAAGCGUGUAAAGUCAGAGUACAUGCGCCUGCGGCAGCUCAAGAGGUUCAGGCGAGCUGACGAAGUCAAGAGUAUGUUUAGUUCCAAUCGUCAGAAAAUUUUGGAAAGAACAGAAAUCUUAAACCAAGAAUGGAAACAGCGAAGGAUCCAGCCUGUGCACAUCCUGACUUCUGUGAGCUCAUUGCGCGGGACCAGGGAGGCCAUUCACCUGCUCUUCCCUCUACGAUUUUCCAUAACACAGUUUUUACUUGGAACCAGCCUUCUGCCAAGAGUCUCAGUUGGGUUGUGUACUCCUACAACUACUAUUUUUGGCUUGACUUCCCUCUCCAGCUCCCAGUGGUCCAGCCACACAGUCGCCUAUUGUACCAGCUGGUUGAUUGUUCGGUGACCAGUGACUUGGAUUUUCCAACACAAGUCAUCCCGUUAAAGACCCUGAAUGCAGUUGCUUCAGUACCCAUAAUGUAUUCUUGGUCUCCUCUACAGCAGAAUUUCAUGGUGGAAGAUGAAACUGUUUUACAUAACAUUCCUUAUAUGGGGGAUGAAGUUUUAGACCAGGACGGGACUUUCAUUGAAGAACUAAUAAAAAAUUAUGAUGGAAAAGUACACGGGGAUAGAGAAUGUGGGUUUAUAAAUGAUGAAAUUUUCGUGGAGUUGGUGAAUGCUCUUGGUCAAUACAAUGAUGAUGAUGAUGAUGAUGAUGGAGAUGAUCCUGAUGAAAGAGAAGAAAAACAGAAAGAUCUAGAGGAGAACCGAGAAGAUAAAGAAAGUCGCCCACCUCGGAAAUUUCCUUCUGAUAAAAUUUUUGAAGCUAUUUCCUCAAUGUUUCCAGAUAAGGGCACAGCAGAAGAGCUAAAGGAAAAGUACAAAGAACUCACUGAGCAGCAGCUCCCGGGUGCACUUCCCCCUGAAUGUACCCCCAACAUAGACGGACCAAACGCCAAGUCUGUUCAGAGGGAACAGAGCUUGCACUCGUUUCACACGCUGUUCUGUAGGCGCUGCUUUAAAUACGACUGCUUCCUACAUCCUUUUCAUGCGACACCCAACACUUACAAGCGGAAGAACACGGAGACGGCUCUGGACAACAAGCCUUGCGGCCCCCAGUGUUACCAACACUUGGAGGGCGCGAAGGAGUUUGCUGCUGCCCUCACUGCCGAGCGGAUAAAGACGCCCCCGAAGCGCCCAGGCGGCCGCAGGAGAGGGCGGCUCCCCAACAACAGCAGCAGGCCCGGCACCCCCACCACCAACGUGCUCGAGUCGAAGGACACGGACAGUGACAGGGAGGCGGGGACCGAGACCGGAGGGGAGGGCAACGACAAGGAGGAGGAGGAGAAGAAGGACGAGACCUCCAGCUCCUCGGAAGCGAAUUCUCGGUGUCAAACACCAAUAAAGAUGAAGCCCAACGCCGAGCCCCCCGAGAACGUGGAGUGGAGUGGCGCUGAGGCCUCCAUGUUCAGGGUCCUCAUCGGCACGUACUAUGACAAUUUCUGUGCCAUCGCCAGAUUGAUUGGGACCAAAACAUGUCGACAGGUGUAUGAGUUUCGAGUCAAAGAAUCCAGUGUCAUAGCGCCGGCCCCCGCCGAGGACGUUGACACCCCUCCCAGGAAGAAGAAGAGGAAACACCGGUUGUGGGCUGCACACUGCAGAAAGAUACAGCUGAAGAAGGACGGCUCCUCCAACCAUGUUUACAACUACCAGCCCUGUGACCACCCGCGGCAGCCUUGCGACAGCUCGUGCCCUUGUGUGAUAGCACAGAAUUUUUGUGAAAAGUUUUGUCAAUGUAGUUCAGAGUGUCAGAACCGCUUCCCGGGGUGCCGCUGCAAAGCCCAGUGCAACACCAAGCAGUGCCCCUGCUACCUGGCCGUCCGCGAGUGUGACCCCGACCUCUGUCUUACCUGUGGAGCUGCUGACCACUGGGACAGUAAGAACGUGUCCUGCAAGAACUGCAGCAUCCAGCGGGGCUCCAAGAAGCAUUUACUGCUGGCACCAUCUGAUGUGGCAGGCUGGGGGAUUUUCAUCAAAGAUCCUGUACAGAAAAAUGAAUUCAUCUCGGAAUACUGUGGAGAGAUUAUUUCUCAAGAUGAAGCAGACAGAAGAGGGAAAGUAUAUGAUAAAUACAUGUGCAGCUUUCUCUUCAACUUGAACAAUGAUUUUGUGGUGGAUGCAACCCGCAAGGGUAACAAAAUUCGUUUUGCAAAUCACUCAGUAAAUCCAAACUGCUAUGCAAAAGUGAUGAUGGUUAACGGCGAUCACAGGAUAGGGAUUUUUGCUAAGAGAGCCAUCCAGACUGGUGAAGAGCUGUUUUUUGAUUACAGAUACAGCCAGGCUGACGCCCUCAAGUACGUGGGCAUCGAAAGAGAAAUGGAAAUCCCUUGACGUCUGCUACCUCCCCCUCCUCUUGGAACAGCUGCCUUAGCUUCAGGAACCUCGAGUACUGUGGGCGAUUUAGAAAAAGAAAAUGCAGUUUGAAAUUCUGAAUUUGCUAAGUACUGUAAGAAUAAUUUAUAGUAAUGAGUUUAAAAAUCAACUUUUUAUUGCCUUCUCACCAGCUGCAAAGUGUUUUGUACCAGUGAAUUUUUGCAAUAAUGCAGUGUGGUACAUUUUUCAACUUUGAAUAAAGAAUACUUGAACUUC